AUGCCCAACAACUUGUUGGACUUCCGCUCCAGUGACUUCGGCACGUGUUGCACUGCAUCGCAGGCAAGACUUCACAACAGCAUCCAGAAUUCUGUCCUUGGUAGCUUGACAACUCUGCAACAAGACCACUCGCCGUUCAACCUGAGUACUGAGCAGCGAAGUCCUGCUGCGUUUUCCGUGUCUGUUGUGGCACUGGCCUUGUACCUGCCAGUCCGGGUCUUCUCACCGCUGACGCCGCUGGCCCGCGAAAUGCAGAUGUUUCAUCGACGGGCGACCGGUGCGCAGGCCGGCGACGUCUUUUUCAAGAAGAAGAUUCGUCGACUGUUCUGUAGGGUCUUCACCAUGGAGAGGCUGCGCGAGAUCACCACAGAGCGCCUUCGAAUGAUGCAGGAGGGUGGGGCCUUUGCCAUGAGCGGCUUCGGGGCCGGCGGAGGGGCUCCCCCGGUGGGGCCGCCGGCUCCCUGGCCCGGCCCCGCGCGGGGCUUCGGCCUCUCUCCCGAAGAGCUUCUGACGGUGCGGAGUGUCUGGAGGGUGAGCCGCGAGUCCGAGCUUUGCAGUGACUUCGACUGCUGUGCCAUUUGUUUGGAUGGAAGCGACGACAAGCGCGAGCUGAUUGCUUUGCCUUGUGAGCACGUGUUUUGUGCAGACUGCUUGUGUACAUGGCUGGCCCGCAAUCCAACUUGCGUCUUGUGCAAGAAAGACAUGCGACUCGCUGUGGCUAAGCUACGGCGAUGGCACCGAACCUCUGCCGAAGACAGCGCUCAAACCUAG